AUCUCUUUCAUCUUUUGUCUGUGCUUUUGGUUCUUCGUUUAAUCUUGCCUCUUGCUGGAAUUUGUUUCUUUUUUGUGCAUCUUCGGUAUGUUUUCGUAACUGAAUUUUGGGGUUUUUUUGGUUCUUUGGAGGCCCUUAUUUUUUGGGGCCUAAAGCGACUGCUUUAGUGCCUUUAGGGUUGAGCCGCCCUCGUUAAGAUCUUAACAAGGGCAAACCAGCUGUGGCAAAUGUUCACCAACAUGAGAAGGAUCCACUGGGUGAAACCAGGAAGGAUCAGAGAGGUUUUGAAGUGCUGGAAUAGGGAUGGAAAUGCAGGAAGAAAGGAGGAGAGAUGGAAGAUUGUCCUAUCUUGUAUAUGAUAGAGAGGAACCAGAGAUGUUUUGAAGGAAAGCAGCGCAGCAUGCAAGAUUUAAGUUUAAUUGUAUUUUUGGUGUAAACAAGUAGUCUUAGAUAGUUGAGAAGCAAUUAACACAACUAUAGACUGGUUGUAACUUAGUAGUAUUAGGAUCCCAUGUAAUGAUAACACUUUUGGAGGGGAACUACACUUUUGAGGUUGUUCUGAAGUUUCCUCAGUUUUUGAUGGGUGCACCUAAGCAGAAGUGGACUUCAGAAGAAGAAGCUGCUCUUAAAGCUGGGAUACUUAAGCACGGUCCAGGUAAAUGGCGUACGAUUCUCAAGGAUCCAGAAUUUAGUGGAGUAUUGUGCUUGCGUUCAAAUGUAGAUCUCAAGGACAAGUGGAGGAACAUGACUGUGAUGGCAAACGGUUGGGGUUCUCGAGAGCAAGCAAGGUUGGCUGUCAAAAAGAUGAAACAGGCCCCUAAACAAGAUGGGAGUCCUAUGACUGAUACGACUGCUGCUGAGAGUGAUGAGGAAGCAGCUGAAGCGAGGCCUGUCACAACUUCUAGUGGUUCUCCUCAGCUACAUGGUUCAAAAAGAUCUAUGAUAAGGUUGGACAAUCUUAUAAUGGAGGCUAUAAGCACCUUGAAGGAGCCAGGUGGUUCCAACAAGGCUACAAUUGCUGAAUACAUAGAGGACCAAUACUGGGCACCUCCAAACUUUAAAAGGCUAUUGUCCGGGAAACUGAAGUAUUUAACUGCAACAGGGAAACUUAUCAAGAUGAAGCGUAGGUAUAGAAUAGUACCUACAUCAACACCAUCUGACAGUAGAAGAAACCUGUCCAUUACACUUUUGGACAGCAGGCAGAGGAUCUUCUCCAAGAUUGAUCAGGAUGAUAUGAACAUGUUUAGUACAUCUCAGAUAGAUUUAGAGCUAGCUAGAAUGAGGAACAUGACACCUCAAGAGGCUGCAGCUGCUGCUGCACAAGCAGUUGCUGAAGCAGAAGAAGCCAUAGCUGAAGCUGAGGAGGCUGGUAGGGAGGCUGAGGCUGCUGAAGCUGAUGCUGAAGCUGCACAAGCCUUUUCAGUAGCUGCAAAGAAGACACUACAUGGGAGAAGUGCCCCUAGGAUGAUGAUACAUGCUUGAUGGUCGAUGUGCGAGUUAGAGAAUUGCUGGAUCCCGUUCCAGUUUGAUGUUGUAUCUUCUGCUUGUACAUAUGGCGACAAGUUUCAUGCUAAGUGUAAUCUACUGGGUUGUUAGUAGUAGAAGCGUUUUUGAUUGUAUCUGUUGUGUUUCCUGUUCACCAGAGGACAUGUCUGAGCACUUAACCAAAUCAGAUGUCUCCUUAUUAACCGUAACCGUUUCUGCGAGCUGAGUUUCUGAGGAAUUUGUUGUAAGGAGUAAGAACUGGAAUACCCCCGGGAGGGGGGGUGUUCAUGCUGGGAUGUACCUGAUGCUCUAUUGUUUACUGUACGAUGAUUUGUUAUUUAUUUGAACUCAAUUUGGAAGGAGAAUAAAUUAGUCUACAGUAGUUUCUGGCCAAUGUCUAGUAAGUGGGGGAUCAAGAAUUUUUUUUUUUCUCCAAGAAAUUAGUUCAGGAGAGGGGGCUUGGGCGUAUCUCGGAUAUAUAUUUUGUGUUAGAUUUAUAUUAUUCUGGUGAUUUCAAAUCCCUUUGACAGAAAUCACUACUUUAGAAUAGCCCAUGCACUGCAGGAACCUUUUAUUGUUUACCCAUUUGAAUGGAUUGUAUUAAUUUGCACUAAAAAAUAUUCAAAGUUAUAUUCCUAAUAUUGAAAAUAGAGUGUUACUUUCUCCGGCUA